UUCUUCUUCUUCUUCUUCAUCUUCCUCUCUCUCAAGUGUCAUUUCUCACAUAUUCUUCUCUCUUUUUCAAUCUCCAAUCUCUGCAACUACUGAUCAGCUCCAUCGGAAGAUAAGCCUAGUUUGAAACCUUUUUGCUGCUUGGCUUGGAUCACCUCUUCUUCUUCAUCUCCUUUGUAUAUUUAUAUUAGAGACCUAACCAAAUCCUUUAGUUAUAUCAUAUCUGCUUAUUGCUGUAUCUGAAAAACACAACAGUAGCAAGAAAGGGGGAGGGGCCGGAAAGAUGGAGCUGUUCCCUGCGCAGCCAGAUUUAUCUUUGCAAAUCAGUCCACCAAACAGCAAACCUACAUCGAGGAACUCCGUGUCUUCAAUGGCGAAACCCGAUAACUGCUUUGAGCUGCCCUUCUCGAAUCCGAGGGUUUCAGGGUCGAACCCCAACCAGUUUCAUCACCUUGUCCAAAACGGGAGCGCCACCACCACCGAUUGCAAUGGUAAUAUUUUCCGGUCUUAUCAGCAGAGCCAGUUCCCUCACCAUCACAGCCAACAGCAACAUCCGGUACUGUAUCAACAUCAGCAGCAUCAACAACAAGGGCUAGGACAAGAGUUUGGGUUCUUGAGACCCAUAAGGGGAAUUCCCGUCUACCAAAACCACCCUCCUCCUCCUUUCCAGUUUCCUCAACAGCCCUUGGAUUCAUCUUUAGCUUCUUCCUCUCCUUAUUUGGCAACUAACAAAAUUAACACCACCAGCUUCAACUCCUUUCAGUCUCAAGGAUUGAUGAGAUCAAGAUACAUGUCCAGGUUCCCAGCUAAACGAAGCAUGAGAGCUCCGAGGAUGCGAUGGACUACUACACUCCAUGCUCGCUUUGUUCAUGCCGUUGAGCUAUUGGGUGGUCAUGAAAGAGCUACUCCCAAGUCAGUUCUUGAGCUAAUGGAUGUCAAAGAUCUUACCUUGGCACAUGUUAAAUCCCAUCUUCAGAUGUAUCGAACUGUGAAGACCACUGACAGAGCAGCUGCAUCAUCAGGGCAAUCGGAUGCCUUUGAAAAUGGAUCAUCUGGGGAUACUUCUGAAGAUAUGAUGUUUGACAUUCAGAACCCGAGAAGAUCAGAGAUAUCAUCAGUUCAUCAGGGAAGAUCGUCAUCGUCAAAUGCUCAACAAGACAACCAUGGACUGUGGAGCAAUUCAUCAAGGGAAGCUUGGCUACAUGGCAAACCCAAGGAUUCUUCACCUUCUCUCCAGGUUCUAAUUUCCCAAAAUAACCUUCACCAUAAAACUUUUGCGUUGUCGUACAUUUGCAUGACAAAAUGGAGCUGCAGUUACAUAAAUCGGCUAGGGACGGACCAAGAUUUAUAUAUUCGUUUAUUUGGGUGCAGAAGGAUAUGGAUCCAAAGUGCUUAAGCUCGUCAGAGAAGCUUAAUUUGGAGUUCACAUUGGGGGUGCCAAACUGAGUAUGAUAUAUUUUUAUGACUUAGGGUUUGUGGUGCUGGAUUUGAAACGAUGAUUAUAUACAUCUCUGACUGUGAAGAGAGAAGAGGGUGAAGAGAAUCAGGUACCCUUGAGAAAGAAAAAGAGAGAAGACAAGGAGACAAGAUAGACAGAGAGAGCAACAAAAGGAGAGAAGAAAAAGCACCACGUCCGUGAGAGAUCCAAAUCAAUAUAUUAUAUUCCUUCGUAAAUAUGAAAUCUAACAGAUUUUGUAUGUUCUGCACUUAGAGAGAAGAAAAAGAAAGAAAGAAAAUGAUAGAGAGAAGAAGAGAGAGAGAGAGAGAGAGAGAGAGAGAGAAGGACGUCCCCUUUAAGGCUUUAACGAUCAUAAAAGUAUGAUCUACAUUUGAAGUGAUCCUUGGUAAUUGUAAUGGGGCACUUUACAU